UCCUCUUCCUCACUUAACCACCACUCCCUUCCCAAACCUCAACUGUCGAUCACACCCUCCUCUCACAGAUUCAUGCCCAAGCUCGACCUCCACUGCGCUGCCACCGAGCCCAAGGAGGCCAAGCUCUAGGGAGGCCGCUUCGAGGAGGGCAUCACCGCAGCCAUCGAGCGCUUCACUGACACCGUCGAGCCCUUCACCGAGUCCAUCUCCUUCGACAAAGCCUUCUACAAGCAUGACAUCAUGGGCAGCAAGGCCCACGCCUCAAUGCUCCCCAAACAGAUAUGGUUAAAAAUAAAGGCUUCUUGCCGUCAGGUCCUUCGGAGAUUCCUAUUCAGCGUAACCAAAUAAAGGAAAUUAUAUAUUCCUUACUUCCAGCUUGCAAAGAGCUUGAUGUAGAUUCUGGUAUUCCCUUUAAAGCGGAUGCAAUUAUUGCAAACCCCCCAGCAUAUGGGCAUACUCAUGUGGCGGAGGCACUGAAAAUACCUCUUCAUAUAUUUUUUACAAUGCCAUGGACGCCAACAAGUGAAUUUCCACAUCCCUUGUCCCGCGUUAAACAACAAAUUGGAUAUAGGCUAUCGUAUCAAAUUGUUGACUCCUUAAUAUGGCUUGGAAUACGGGACAUGAUUAAUGAUGUUCGGAAGAAAAAAUUGAAAUUACGACCCGUCACAUAUUUAAGUGGUUCACAAGGCUCCGAGUCUGAUGUCCCACAUGGAUACAUAUGGAGUCCUCAUCUUGUUCCCAAACCAAAAGGUACUUUACCUUGCACUUCCAUUUUUAACCAUUUGGAGUUCCUUGGGUGAUGAAGGCACGAUGUUUUGAGAAACUUGCUAGGUUUUAAACAAUACUUGGCUGAGUGGCAGUCAUUUGAAUAUGCUAUCUAGGCUAGUAUGGUGCACACGUUCAUCUACAGCAUAUAUCCUUCGUUUAAUUAAAAAGAAAAACUUAUUUGAACAAUCCUUUAUAAGACGCAUAGAUUAUAGGUGCUUGUUUUCAGAUAGAUAUAUCCAUCUCCAUGGAACAUUCUUUCUUAAGUAAGCAUGAUGCUUAGCAGGUAUGCCAAUUCUGAUGCAAUCGAGUGACUACGGAGAUGCAAUCGAUGCAAUUUUGAUGCAGAUUAAGCAGCUGCAGGUUUUUGAUGGUCUGUUUGGUGACAAAGAAUGAGGGUUUUGGGGUUUUGAGUUGAUUCCAUGCAUUGUGUUUUCUUAUUAUCGAACCAUUACACUUCAUCAGCUGACUACUUGUAAUUAUAGAUACAUGUCUUCUGAGGUAUUUUAGUAGAUCUAAUAAAAUGCCCUCUCACGUUGAAGUUUGCAUUUGAUAUUACCAAGAUGGUCUUGCUUUUAGUGUCACUCCUUGUCCAUUGGAUUUAAGGAUUGCUUAUUCUGAUUUACACUAAAUCCUAUCUGAUUCAGUUUGACAUUUGAUUUACAGU